UGCCUAUCGAUAGACCCGCGCGGUAAUAACCGACACUAUAUCGAACAAAGUAAAGAGGCAAAAAGAAGAAGAACACCACCGAAAGCAACAACAUGAACUCUCUGGCCAGGAUCGGGGGUUUUGUGUGCCAGUCUGUGCAAAUAGCCGGCUGCGGACUGCAGCAGGUGCGCACCAAGUACGCCGAUUGGAAGAUGAUUCGCGACGUAAAGCGGCGCAAGUGCGUCAAGGAGAACGCCGUGGAGCGGCUGCGAAUCAACUCGCUGCGCAAGAACGACAUCCUGCCGCCGGAGCUACGCGAGGUAGCCGACGCCGAGAUCGCUGCCUUUCCUCGGGACUCAUCGCUCGUCCGGGUGAGGGAACGCUGCGCGCUUACGUCACGGCCGCGCGGAGUUGUCCACAAGUACAGGCUCAGUCGAAUUGUGUGGCGCCACCUCGCCGACUACAACAAGCUGUCCGGCGUCCAGCGCGCCAUGUGGUAGUGCCUCCUCCUGUUAGCAAUCUAGGGAAAUAAACCUUGUUAGUAGUCAUCCA